AUGGGGGUUCAGGCGCCGAGCCUCCAAGAUGUGUGCUGUCUGGGGAAGCUACAUCGCAUUACCGUAGAUCAGGUUGACUGGGAGCUUCUGCAGAGUGCGUUGAAUGCUGGGCACAAAACACAACUGUGGAAAGAUUUGUUGAAAGCGUAUUCGGGUUGGAGGCAUCGAUUUGAUAGGGAUGGGGAUGAGGAAGGGGUCCGUCAAUGCGGCGUCUGUCCAGAGAGUGCGUUGCUCGAUGGGCAUGGACCACUGGUCGACGGAGCGUCGACACAGAAGAGCCUAGGUUGCAGUUUGCCCAAUGUCCACAUCGUGUUUGCGGUUGCGCCAUAUCCACCGGGGGGCCGGGCGGGUUAG